AUGAGGAAUGAGUAUUUUGCUUUUCGAGGAGCUGAUUCGAGCAAUCUGCCUUUGGAUGUAGACAUGAAUGAAACUCCUGACGGUUAUGGAGUUGACGGAAAUCAUGACUGGGGGAGAGAACUAUCCUUACCUCCAUUUGAUUCAGGUGGCUUAGGAUCUGCCAUAAACCCUUCUGGCACACUAGUAACAUCUUCUGGAACUUCCGGAUAUGUGGUAGAAGAAAAUAAUGUUAGGGAGGUUCUAUCAAGUGAUGGCAGGAGUAUAUCCCACAAAAGAGGAGCACCUGAAUAUGUUUUCCGUGAAUUGUUUACAGGAGAUGGUUCAACCUAUGGACAGAGAGCUGGAGAUCAUCCUAGUGAACAACUUGCUUCAAAUGGCCUAGCCUAUCUCAAUCAUGGCAGGUUAAAUUCAACAGGCUCCUGGAAUAAUCACCUUAUGAAUGCUAGUCACUCAGCAUCGUCCACUGUUAUAUUUGGGGAUGAUCUGCAAGCUGCAAGCUCAUCUCCACAACUAAACUCACGUCUCGUAGCAGGAAGUCCACUGGUUUUCGGGCAAGCACUUGGUCCACACCAAGCUUCAAGUGCGGCAAGGCAAAUGCAUGUCUUCGAGAGAAAUACUCGAUUGAGAACAGAAAACCAACAAGAUGUUGUACCUGAGGCAACAUCAGCUCAAACAGUAGGCAACCUUAUACGAUUAUUAUAUCAAAUGAAUUUCAUUCUUCCAUGCGAUCAAGUUCUUAAUGAAAUCUUAGAACCUCAGUUUCCUGCUCAUGCAACUUUAGCAGCACAACUGCCUGUCGUAGAGAUCCAAAAUCUUUCACAAAGUCUACUACUUUCUCAAUGGUGUAACGAGGUAACUUGGUUGGGAGGUGCCUUAUCAGCUGUCUCUCCUGCCACUCACGUUAUGAAUGGAGGAUCUGGGGUACAUCAGGAAGGGAACCCGAUGAACCAAGCGAGACAAAUUGUGCCUUUCAAUGAGGGUACGAGCACUAACCGGGCUGAAGUGUCGCCAAAUGAGAAUGUGAUUACAGAUAUUUCUAGUAACGUUGCUUCUUCUUCCCGAAAUGUGUCUGGUCCAAGUGUUGAGGUACCACCAGCUGCAAAUAACUCCCCCCAACCAAUCAUGGCUGAAGAAUAUGUCCAAAGAAAUAUUAACACUGUGAAUCAGCCUGUGGGACGUAGAGGUGGAAUGCGGGUUCCAAUACCUUCGAGUGCUCCUGCUGUUGCAAGAGGUACGGAGGCUCCAGCUGGAGAUGGAAAUGGAAGGUCUUCUCAGCGAGCUUUGAGGAUGCGAGCUGUACCUGGUCCUCCUGACGUUUCUGAUUUUCCACUUCCGCUCGAAUGUUUAACUGAUGAUGAGAGAAGACAAGCAAUUCAGGAAUUCAUCAUGAUGAAUAACCUUAUUCACAUUUCCGAUAGCGAUGAUGAUGAUGAUGAUGAUGAUUAUGAAGAUGAGGAAGAUGAGAUGGGAUAUAUUGAUAAUGGGUUAGCCGAGCCUAUAAUCCUCGACAAUCUAAGCCUAAGGACAUAUCACUCUGCUCCAUCUGAAGCCGAAAUAUGUUGUAUAUGUCAGGACAACUAUGAGGAAGGAAAUGAAGUUGGAAAAUUGAACUGUGAGCAUGAGUUUCAUUCCAACUGCAUCACAAAGUGGUUGGUGAUGAAUAACACCUGUCCUAUCUGCAAGAGGAAGGGUUUGGAUGUGGCCGCUCACUAA